UUUAAGUGUUUCAAAAAUGUCCUUGUAAUCCUUUUUGGAGUUCAAGUUACUCAAAAAUGUAUGGAGAAUUUAAUGACGAAAGAGAUUUAUAAAUUGGUUACAAAUAAAUAGUGGCCGAAUGAAACAUGAGUUACAAUGAGAUUCAAAAAAAUUAAGUGUUUUAAAAAUGUCUUUGUAAUUCUUUUUAGAGUUCAUGCUAUUCUAAAAUGUAUACAGAAUCCGUUUCUGACAAUAUUAAAACAAUAACGUCCUAUUGUAGAGUCAUGACGACCACUAGCCUCAUAAUCUCCUCAUUUCCAUGGAAAUCUACUUUAAAUAAGGAUAAAACAGGAAAAGAUGAGGAUUACACAGACUUAAGAAGCAAUAUCGACAAAAUUGCAGAAAAGGAUCUUAGAGAGACGAAAUCGACAAAGGAACAGUCGCUUAUACAACUAAAGGAAUGGAUAAAAAAGAACAAAAACAUCGAUAAUUGCUUAGUGGAUGAUGCGUUUUUGUUGAGAUUUCUAAGAGUGAAGAAAUACAGCAUACCAAUGGCUCAACAGGUUUUAUUAAAAUACUUAAAUCUACGUAAACGGUUUAAAAGCAUGUUUUACGAUCUAGACUACUUGGAUCCAUCUGUUUACGAAAUAAUCAGCGGCGGGUAAGUCGCCUAUAGUUGGGACGCUCAAAAUUGGCAUAGUCCGUAAUAAAACUGUGGCAUUUAUUUUCUUUUUUCAACUUACUAACUAGACUAGAGCGGUUGCUAACAGAACGCCUGCUUUUACUCACUACAGAAGUUGUAGGGAGAGAAUAU